CGAGGGACUGAUCUCUCCCGGAACAAAGUUGCAGGGCCGGUGGCCGAGGGCACGCGAGCAAGUGACGCGGCGGCGGCGAGAGAGGGAGGCGGUUCCGACCUGCGGGAUCCACGGCUCCGGGGCUGGUCUAGCCCUGCCGGAGAAGCGAGCCCCUUUCCCGGGGUGGCGGGCUGACCAAGCAGCGCCCCACCCUCGCUCUCCAACAAAGGGGCCGGCGGCGGCGGGGGUGGACCGGGAGGAGGAGCCGGAGCCCGAGCCGCGGGCUGCUUUCGCGCACAAAGUUGUGGAGUCGCCCUUCCCCGGAGGAGAGGAGCGGGCAGCGCGGGGCGCGGGAUUUCUCCCGCCCAGGGCAGAGGAGGAGCCGCGGGCGCCUUCGGCCGAGCGGGCGACCUCGGUGAGUGGCGCCCCUUUUCUUUCGGGUCAUCCUGCAGACGGAAAACUCCAGAGCGUGCCUGCCUCUGCCUAGCGUUUGGACUGUUUUGUUUUUGGCGGAACUACCCGGCAGGAAGAUUGCACAAGUCAGGGGGCGUUUCCAAUUGGGUGUCAAGUUUUUUUCCUCCCCUCUUUCGGAUCUUGUCUGGCUUUCCACGUUUCAUUUAAAAAAGAAAAAGAAAAACUAAAAUCUCGCAUCGCCCAACGCAAGCUCCCGCACACCCGGCUUCCAGCGACCCGAACACACCCAGAGGAGCUUUUGGGCCUCUGGGACUUGGCGAGCAGGUAUUCAUGCCAAGCUGGACCACUAUUUGGAGUUGACAGUCUGCAGAAGAAGAUUUGGGACAGCCUCUGGAUUACAUUGAAACUCAGCCAAGAUGGCCAAGUAUGGGGACCUUGAAGCCAGGCCUGAUGAUGGGCAGAAUGAAUUCAGUGAUAUCAUUAAGUCCAGAUCCGAUGAGCACAACGACGUUCAGAAGAAAACCUUUACCAAAUGGAUAAACGCUCGAUUUUCAAAGAGUGGGAAACCACCGAUCAGCGAUAUGUUCUCAGACCUCAAAGAUGGGAGAAAGCUCUUGGAUCUUCUAGAAGGCCUCACAGGGACAUCAUUGCCAAAGGAGCGUGGUUCCACAAGGGUGCAUGCCUUAAAUAAUGUCAACCGGGUGCUGCAGGUUUUACAUCAGAACAACGUGGAAUUGGUGAAUAUCGGGGGGACUGAUAUCGUGGACGGAAAUCACAAGCUGACGUUGGGGUUGCUAUGGAGCAUCAUUCUGCACUGGCAGGUGAAAGAUGUCAUGAAAGAUGUUAUGUCAGAUCUGCAGCAGACCAACAGUGAGAAGAUCCUGCUGAGCUGGGUGCGACAGACCACCCGGCCCUACAGCCAAGUCAAUGUCCUCAACUUCACCACCAGCUGGACCGACGGGCUCGCCUUCAACGCUGUGCUCCACCGGCACAAACCCGAUCUCUUCAGCUGGGAAAGAGUGGUCAAAAUGUCCCCAAUUGAGAGACUCGAACAUGCUUUUAGCAAGGCCCACACUUAUCUGGGAAUUGAGAAGCUGUUAGACCCUGAAGAUGUUGCCGUGCAGCUCCCUGACAAGAAAUCCAUAAUUAUGUAUUUAACGUCUCUGUUUGAGGUGCUUCCUCAGCAAGUCACGAUAGAUGCCAUCCGGGAGGUGGAGACGCUCCCGCGGAAGUACAAGAAAGAGUGUGACGAGGAAGACAUAAAUACGCAGAGCACAGCGCUGGCCGAGGAAGGCCAGAAUCCCCGAGCUGAGACCCCCAGCACUGUCACCGAGGUGGACAUGGAUUUGGACAGCUACCAGCUAGCUCUAGAGGAAGUGCUGACGUGGCUGCUGUCUGCGGAGGACACGUUCCAGGAGCAAGAUGACAUUUCUGAUGAUGUCGAAGAAGUCAAAGAGCAGUUUGCUACCCAUGAAACUUUUAUGAUGGAGCUGACAGCACACCAGAGCAGCGUGGGCAGUGUCCUGCAGGCUGGCAACCAACUGAUGACCCAAGGGACUUUGUCGGACGAGGAGGAGUUUGAGAUCCAGGAACAGAUGACCUUGCUGAACGCGAGAUGGGAGGCCCUCCGGGUGGAGAGCAUGGGGAGGCAGUCGCGGCUGCACGAUGUGCUGAUGGGACUGCAGAAGAAGCAGCUGCAGCAGCUCUCGGGCUGGCUAACCCUCACGGAAGAACGCAUUCAGAAGAUGGAAAGCAUCCCACUGGGUGAUGACCUGCCGUCCCUGCAAAAGCUGCUUGAAGAACAUAAAAGCUUGCAAAAUGACCUUGAGGCUGAACAGGUGAAGGUCAACUCCUUAACCCACAUGGUGGUAAUUGUUGAUGAGAACAGUGGGGAGAGCGCCACAGCUGUCCUGGAAGACCAGUUACAGAAACUGGGUGAGCGCUGGACUGCGGUAUGCCGGUGGACGGAAGAACGUUGGAACAGGUUGCAGGAAAUCAGUAUUCUGUGGCAGGAAUUACUGGAAGAACAGUGCUUGUUGGAAGCUUGGCUCACGGAAAAGGAAGAAGCUUUGAACAAAGUCCAGACCGGCAACUUCAAAGACCAAAGGGAACUGAGUGUCAGCGUCCGGCGUCUGGCUAUUUUGAAGGAAGACAUGGAAAUGAAGAGGCAAACACUGGACCAACUGAGUGAGAUUGGCCAGGAUGUGGGCCAAUUACUCAAUAAUCCCAAAGCAUCUAAGAAGAUGAACAGUGACUCCGAGGAACUAACGCAGAGAUGGGAUUCUUUGGUUCAGAGACUGGAAGACUCUUCAAACCAGGUGACGCAGGCUGUUGCAAAGCUUGGCAUGUCCCAGAUCUCUCAGAAAGAUCUUUUGGAGACCGUUCACGUCAGAGAACAAGGCAUGACCAAAAAGUCUAAACAGGAGCUGCCCCCUCCUCCCCCGCCAAAGAAGAGGCAGAUCCACGUGAACACGGAGGCCAAGAAAAAGUUUGAUGCUGUAAGUGCCGAGCUGUUGAACUGGAUUUUGAAAUCAAAGAGUGCCAUUCAGAACACAGAGGUGAAGGAGUAUAAGAAGUUGCAGGAGACUUCGGGAAUGAAGAAGAAAUUGAAGGGAUUAGAAAAAGAACAGACAGAAAGAACCCCCCGACUUGACGAGCUGAAGCAAACUGGACAAACCCUUCUGGAUCAGAUGGGAAAAGGUGAGACCCUGCGGGGCUUUUUCCUUUUAGAGUUUUUAGAAGGCUAUGCUUAAUAUUUGCAGUUUAAC